GUCGACGGAAGGCGAUGCUGGAUGCAGGUUCGUACGCAUCCUAUUUCCGCCGUCUAGAGGAAGAAGAAUCAACGGUUGCUGUCCGCGUCAGCUGGUCGGCUCCGCCAAGAAAAAACCCAAACGCAACCACGCAAUCGCCGUCCGCCGCCGCGGCGACUAAUCAAUCAACUUAACUCUUAGUAUUCAGCGCUUUUCGAUCUCUCCGUCCUUCGUUUGGUUUCCUCCCUACCUCCACCACAACCCACCUGCUCGCGCCUUUUCCCAGGAAAAUCCUCUUCCGAUUCACCUGAUUAUUGCUUCUAGGUCCUUGAAUCUUGAUAUGGAGCAGCACCCCACUUGCGCCCCGCCGCCGGCGCCCGUGCCCGUUGCUGGGGCCGUCGUCCCGGUGGACUUCAAGGUCGUGAAGAAGGGACCCGAGAUGGCGAUGCACGACGCGAUCGGCCGCCUCGCCUUCCGCGCCGCGGGCAGGGACAGCUGGGCCACGGCGCUCCACGAUGACGCUGGAGGUGUCCUGGUCACCGUCAGGAGCAGCGGCCAGGGUGAGUGGCAAGCAUUUAGUGGAAAUAGUUUGGAGCAGAGACACAUCAUUUUCACUGCAAAAGUUAUAUCUGCUUCUUCAAGUCGAAAGGAGGUACAUGUGUUCAUCUCACCAAGAAGCACUGUUGAAGAUUCAAAACCAAGCUACAGGCUCAUAGGAAGUACAUACCGAAGAGCGUGCACAAUAAUAAAGGGGGACUCCAUCGUUGCUCAGACAAAUCUCCUGUACAAACUCAAGAAGACUAUCUAUUCACGGCCACACAUAUCUUUACACCUGGAAUCAUAUGAGCAUUUAUGUGUGAUACAGUUCUGUAAUUGGAUUGAGCUGAUUCAGUACACGCAUCCCAGAAAACCCUUGCUUGUUCUGUCCAGUACUCCAGUUUACCGUGUAACUAUUCUAUGGUGAAGAUGCGUGUGAUAAUGUGCAGCAGUGUCACCACGACCGUGGCCAGUUCAGUGCAUGCAUUGGCAUUGUUUCAAGGUUCAUUAAAAAGCAAGAAAAUAUCAGGUAUAGCAGAUUUUAUUUGUGUGGAUAUUUUUCAUCGACAGAAAUGUUGUUUUCAGACUAUGAUGAUGAUGUGAAGACAGAUAAAUGUAUUCGGCCUCCUGACACACGUGUGGUAUACAUUUGUGUUCAUUUAUGCA